CAGGUUAGAAUAUUUUUACUCACUGCUGUGCGCCUUGUGCGACUCCACAGCUCCUCGAGCACCACGUCCAACGUGCCCUGGCGAAGGCAUUCAUCUCAACCACCUCUAGCUUCUGGCCGCACACACCCAGUUCGCUCAUUCAAGCACAGACAACAUGACGUUGAAUCCGCAGUAUGAGGCCAUCGGCAAAAACUUCGUGCAGGCAUACUAUUCUAUGUUUGACGACCCAACGCAACGGGUUAAUCUAGUGAACAUGUACAAUGUAGAAAGUUCAUUUAUGACUUUUGAAGGCACGCAAGUCCAAGGGUCAGUUAAAAUUAUGGAAAAACUAACUUCAUUGUCAUUUCAAAAAAUAAAUAGGAUAAUCACUGCUGUGGACUCUCAGCCCAUGUACGACGGCGGCGUUUUAAUCAAUGUUUUAGGCCGAUUGCAGACGGACGAAGACAUACCUCACGCGUACGUGCAAACGUUCGUGCUCAGCCCGAUUGCAGGCAGUUUUUUCGUGCAACACGACACGUUUCGCCUCGUCCUACACGAUUCGAUUUAGCAGAUGAAGAUCCACCGCACGCUUAUUCGCAAGUGUUCGUCCUGAAGCCGUUGGGCAACUCGUUCUUCGUACAGCACGACAUCUUCCGGCUGGGCAUUCACAACUCCGCCUAAUUAACAAAUAGCAAACAACAAAAGAACGAAACAAUUGCUACACUCACUUCUAUGAAUAAGUUGUUUCUGCUUAUACACACACACACCUUACACGCAGCCUCACAAUUACUUCGGUGUAAUCAUAUUCAUAAUCUAAAAUAAAGAGUUAACUUUUACAUUA